ACGUUAAUUUUAGUCAGAGCGCUCACCUGUCGGUCGACACUUAAUUAAACUAGACGGUCUCUCGCGUCGUGAGAGGCGGCGUUUUGCAGAUGUUUCCUUCGUCCGGUCUUUUUGGUGAUAUAAAUUGUCCUUUCACUAAACGUGGGGUUUGUGAGCGGCCUCACUGUUUCUACAAACAUGCAGAGAUGCGGGACAUGUUCGGUUCCUCCUUUAAAUCCUCCAUAGUUGACUUCACAGGAGUCCAAGAUGGCUAUCCAUAUGAUGUCAGUGGUGCACCAAUAAAUGACCAAAAAGAUGACUGCCUCCAGCAGCUGGCGAAGAUCAACAAGGAGAUUGAAUCUGUUAGACAUGAGGUCGAGCAGGAGCAACGACGAUUGACCCACUACCAAACUGUACAGGUGGACAGCAGAAACUCGGUGCCUAGUGUCUCUGUUUCCAAGUACGAGACAACAGGCAAAAACAUAGACAAAGGGCCAUAUUGUCUGUCUUCAUGUACAAACUUAAGAAAGACCAACUCCCGAGCAAGGAAGUAUGUAGUUGACAACUCCAAACCAAGGACUGAUUUGGAGUAUGACCCUCUGUCAAACUUUUCUGCUAACUUGCGGCCUUACAGCUCGUCAGAAAAGGAGCAAAAGGAGAAAGACGGAAAAGGUUUGAAAAGAGGAAGAAAUGCUUGUCAUUCCGACCGAAAGCAGACACUCAAUUAUCAGGCUCCACUCUCCCGAUCGCCAUCUCCAGAUAGACACGAUGACUCUUAUGAAGACAGUGAACUGAUCAUUGACAUUCCUCCCUUGCCUGACGGGGAGACGGGGAAAUCUGAAAAUUCUGUUUCUGAAAAAUCCCUUGAGGAUAUAGUGGAGGAAUUUCAGGAGGUUAAAGCGCCACUAAUUUUACUUGAUUCUCCACCGCUGCAAGUUUCAAAAAUUGAGGCAUUCGAUGCUGCAUCCAAACCUGCAUUAAAGCUAAAAGAUAGAGUUCACAUUAACUGUGUUACUGAAAACAAAAUCAAUACUGAAAAAAUUCUGUCUCAUUCUUAUGAGAACAAAGAAUGUGAAAAUGUGCUCGUAAAUGGAAGUGGUUUUGACUUGACUAAAUGUUUAGACGUCCUGGAAAGAGAGAGUCGUAAGAAUACUCAUUUUCAUUCCACUGAAACACUUGUGGAUAAAAGUCCUGAACCUGCAGAUCCUCCUGCAACCACAGACAAGCAAGAUCAAAACCAGAACAAACUGGUGGUUAUAAAAAAUAAAGUACCACAGUGUGAGCCGUCCCAUAGUGUUGAGAACAUGAAUCCACUGCAGCCUUAUAAUUAUCAUUCAAAGAAUUCCCUUUUUUAUCAAGCUCCUGAGAUUUACUCAGAAGAACAGAACAGGCACCAUGCCAGUCAAGCCCAGACAACAGAGCCGCUUGCUCAGAACAGAGUUAGUGACCAUUGGGCUUCAGCAAAUAUUUUACCAACACUGCGUCCACGCAGCCAGAAAACAUCAAACAAAACACUCGGGCUGAUGCAAGGUAAAACUUUGGAUGAUCAUCCUCCACUUGAAAGAUACGUGGAUCCAGUACAACCAGCGUCAGGCAGCAGCAGUGCUCAGGCCGGGCACAUUUCUUCAGAAUCAAUUGAGCAACCCUCAAUGACGGCAGAUGGUGAAGAAGUUAUAAUCAUUGAUUCCUGCUCUGAUAACGAAGAUGAGCUCAACUACUCAGAAAUAGAGCUCUCAGACGAUGACCCAAUGGAGGAAUGCUACAGGAUCUUCAUGGAAGCAAACGAGGAUAAUGGAAGUGAAGAGCACCCUGAUGUUUCUGUUAGAGAUAUGGAUGUGGAUAAGCCAAUGUUAAAUGUCAAACCACCAGCAUUGGCGGGAAAGAAGAGGGUGGCUCAUGAAGCCAAACAUGUAGAGCCAGCAGCUAAGAGCAGACCUCAGCCUCAGGUGCUGGUUCCUUUGCGUGGGCCUGUGGUGUCGGGAUUCGCCCCCCAGCCGUCCAUCACUGCCAAGAUCCAGCAGGUACAGCAGAGAGCCUCGAUUCUGACUGCUUCGCUUAAAGGUGGUCAGGCUUUUGUUUCCUCUGCCUGUCAGAGGACAUCAGAGACCCAGAGUACACCUUCUCCUUCCACUCAAACUCCUGAGAACUUACAGUCUGCUCCUGUCCAAAAUGCUUACAUAAACUACAUACCUUUGGGAACAGCCAUGAUAAAUGUCGGAAACAACCUGCAGUUGAUCCUUCCUGAAGGCGCCUUCCCCCUGCCAGUGACUUCCAGUUCCAGCCAAGUUACUUCAGUGCUAACUCCGAUCACUCAAGUGUAUACAAACCCUGUAACGGUUAAACACACAUAUCUGCCACCUGGACUUAACCAUGUGCAUAGAUACAGCACAACAGCACCUAUGCUCAUCCCUGCACAGGCACGCAAACCAACAUUCAACUCCGCCUUUGCAUUAGCACAUUCAAGUCCUGCAGCUUCUGCUCCUAAAGCUGCUGUCCAUUCCACUGUCAAGCCAGUUCCUACUAAACGUAAACUGAAGCAGCAGUGUGGGGCCCCCAAAGACAAAGUGCCCCAUGACAUCAGACAACGUUAUGUUAACAUGUUUACAGAGGAGUUCCUCAAAACAUCAGCCAAUGUCAAUGAUGCAUUUGAAAAGGCACUCGCUGAAGAGAAGACUUUGUAUAAUCGCAGUGUGAACAAAAUCAAAUAUCUGAGUGUUGCAGUGAAUGCUUUGAAGAGGCUGAAGAACCAAAGUGCUGCUGCUGCUAAAGAUCCAACUGUGGUCAGCACCCAAAGAUGCAAAGGCAACAUUCCACUUACCGUUGAGAAGUUUGAAGGAAAUGCAGAUGAUAUGCCAUUUUAUGAGAGUUUAAAGGACUAUCUUAUGAUGGAAGACAAGAUGAUUGAGAGCAACUAUCCUGUCCACCACCCUGAGAAGCCAGGUUGUGCUGUUCUUUUUGCCGACCCCAAGAAAGUAAACACAGACCCCCUCAAGAGGAUCUGCUGUCGAUGUGGGGCUACAUACUCUGUGAGCGAAACGGGCAAACACGUUCGUAAGGAGGAGUGUAAUUACCACUAUGGGAAAGGUGUCAAGAAUAAAGUGCCAGGUGGAGUAGAAACCCGCUACAGCUGCUGUGAGGGAGUCAUGGGAGCACCUGGAUGUCAGGUGUUUAAGUUGCAUGUCCAUGAUUCCCUCAGCCUGGAUGGAUUUGUGACAACCAUCCCAAGAAAAUCUUCAGACAGGAGCUGUCCUGGGGUCUAUUCCUUGGAUUGUGAAAUGUGUUACACCAUUCAUGGUCUGGAGCUGUCCAGAGUGACUGUGGUGAACUCGAGUCUGGAAGUCAUCUAUGACACCUUCGUCAGACCUGAUAAUGAGGUCAUCGACUAUAACACCAGGUUUUCAGGUAUCAGUGAGAAUGAUGUGACGGGUAACCACACCUCCCUCAGAGAGGUGCAGGAGGCCUUAUUGAGCUUCAUAAAAGCCGACACCAUUCUGAUUGGACAUGGCAUGGAAACAGACCUCUGUGCCCUGAAGUUGCAUCAUGGGACAGUGGUGGACACAUCAGUGGUCUUCCCCCACCGUCUGGGCCCCCCUCACAAGCUAACCCUCAACAAUCUCACUGCUGAACAUCUCAGGAGGAUCAUCCAACAGAGUGUGUAUGGCCAUGACACUGCAGAAGAUGCUGCUGCCUGCAUGGAGCUUAUGCUAUGGAAGGUCAAAGAAGAUGGAAAACUGAAAAAAUGAUUUAAUAAAACAUUCCUCUCCCCGCCCAUAAAUGGAAUAAAACACAAGCUGUUGGAGCGUUUGAAUGUCACAUUUAGUUUUGUAUUUCUCAGUUAACUUUAUUGAUGACAUAAGAGGGCUGUUUUUUUCUUCUAGUUUCAUUACAUCACUGAUAAAUGUUAAUACAGGAUUUUGUUUGUUAAAUUUGUAUUUGCAGCCCAUGUGUCUAUAUCUGUCAUAAUAUGUGGUAUAACUGUAUUAAAAAAACCUGAAGAGGCUGUGAUGUCAUCAGUAUUAUCCAAAUAAAAGAAAUGACUGCA